AUGGCAGAGAUGCAUAAAUUCUGGAUAAACAAACUGGUUAAUGUAUUGCCACAAGACACUUUGUGUGAUGAGCUCCAGUACUGGAUGAAAGUAGUUGAGUGUCUUCAUGCUUGUGUGGCUGUCCUGGAAGAGAUAAUCUGCAGCCUGAAUGGGAAAGAAUAUUUAGAGAAAGCACUUGGUGGCCCUAUUUGCAGCCUGGAGGAUAUAAUGUCUUUCUUCCAGCAAUAUCCAGCUUCACCUGUCACUUUGAGAAUAGAUACAUUUAGUAAACUUGGCAAAGGCAUUCCAUUCACUCAUCAAACUGAAAGGAUUGAGCAGGGUAAAACCUCACAUGGAGCAGACAAUGGUUCAGCUGCAGCAGGUGCCUCUCAUUGCAACUCACUUUCCCAUGGCAAUGGCAAUACAACUCAAUCUCAAGUGACAUGUUGGAUUAAUGGCUGCACAGAAUGUUGGGCUGCAGAGGAUACUGGUGGGGUAGCUGGAUGGAAGAAAACCAUAAUGGCACAUGAGCUACAAGCUUAG